AUGUACGACUAUAACGAUGAUGAUAAAGAUACAGACGAGGAAGAAGAACAAGAAGAACAAGAUGGAAUCAUAUUAAAUUCAAUCAAUGUCACUGCUGGUGAUGAUCAAGAUAAUGAUACUGAUGCAAUGUUGUUACACCAUUCAUCAUCACUACUUGAUCAAGAGGAAGAAGAAAAAGAAAAAGAAAAAGAGGAAGAAGAAAUUGGUUUAAAUCAAAAAAAGAAUAAUAAUAAUAAUACAACAACAACAAAUAUUGAUACGAAUAAUAAUAAUAAGACACCAUGGUGGUGUUAUGUUGUUUUAUUAUUUGCAUUGUUGGCAAUGUCGUCAUCUGGAUCGGCACUGUCAAAGAUUGAUGCACCACCACUACUCAAGGCUAGUUGGAGAUUACAAUCGACUAGCAUCAUUCUGUUUUUUGGCUUUCUCUAUGACCUCAAUGCAAUCUAUCCAGUGACCAAUAUCAACCCAUUCACAAUGUUGGCUCGUAAACUCUACCAUCUAUUGGUCAAGCAGUACCACCUACUGGACAAGUACCACGCAAUUGCACUUUUCCUCUUGAAUUGGUCGGGCACACCAAACCAACCGUCACUCGAACAACAACGACUCGAUCAAAAGGAGACAAGAGACAGAUUCUUUUCAAAAAAGACUAUUGGUCUUCUUGGUGCCACUGGUAUCAUUCUCGGACUCCAUUUUGGGUUUUGGGUUAGUUCAUUAUCCACAACAUCACUUUCACAUUCGUUACUAUUUGUAACAUCUUCACCUAUUAUGAUUGUUAUCAUCAUGUUGGUCACUCGUAAACCAAUUUCAAAAUUCGAGGUCAUUGGUUGUAUCAUUGGUUUUGUUGGUUUAAUUGUUACUCUAUUUGAUUCUUUAUUUUUAGAUAAUGAUAAUGAAUCAUCAUCUUCUUCAUCUUCCUCAUCUUCAUCUUCAUCUUCUCUAUCUGAAUCUUUAACAAAGUCACCAACAUUAUACGGUGAUUUAUUAGCAUUAUUGGGAGCAUUUUGUAUAGUUUUUUAUUUAUUUGCAGGAAGUAAUCUUAGAUCAUGGCUGUCACUCUAUCUCUAUGUAUUCCCAGUCACUUUUAUAGGGUCUGUUUUCCUGACCAUAUCAUCACUCAUCUUUGAAGAUGCAUCCGAUUAUGGAGGUGUGUUUGGGUGGUUUAGACCAUCUUUUAUUUGGCUGACUCUUUAUGUAGCAAUCUUCCCAGGUAUCAUUGGUCAUACUGGUAUGAAUGCCAUUAUUAAAUAUAUCGAGCCUGUUGUUAUUUCAGUCACACUUCUUCUGGAGCCACCCAUUGGAACGCUGAUGGGUUGGUCUGUCGGUGUCAGUGAUGUCCCCGGUCUCUUUACAUUCCUCGGUGGUCCCAUUGUCAUCUUUGGUUGUGUUAUGGUGACUCUAGCCAGUUACAAGAGAAACAAAUUAGAGACUGAAAGACAAAAGAAACAACAAUUAGAAGAAGAUAAUCAAAACAACAACAACAACAGUAACGACCAUAUCGAUAUUAUGGACCAACAACAAACCACUACAGUUGUACAAGAACAAAGUAGUGAUUACAUAGCUUUAAAUUCAUUGGAUUCUUUAACUGCCAUUGACUUGGAAAAUAAUCUAAAACUAUUAGAACCACAUGAAGAAGAAUAA